AUGAGAAUGAUCCCCAAAGCAAUUACUUUUUCAUUAUUAAUACUGGUGAUUCUAUCAGACACAACUUACUCCAAACAACAAAUGCCUCGAAAAAUUAUCCACUCUGCAAAAUAUGUGUCUGAAAAGUUUGAAGUGGGACCCGGAGAAGUUGUGAAUACAAAUUUGUUUGAUAUUGAGUUUCCAAAAGGGCAUAUUGGAGUCAAAAGCUUUGAUGUUGAUUUAAUUGAUGAACAAGGGAAUUCUGUACCCUUGUAUGAAACAUACUUCCAUCAUUGGUUUGCUGUAAAAUAUAUUAUAACUAAGGGGAAGAAUAUGUUAGAUGAUCCUAAUCAUGGGGGUCCCAAUUUCAAAAGAAAUGAUGGAACAUGCAACGACGGUAUUCUUCCACUUUAUUGGGGUUUAGGAAGUGAAUCGCGAGGAACAGUUUCAAAUCUACCACAUCCUUUUGCACUUGAACUGGGUAACCCUGCAAAUAUUACAGAAGGAUGGGAAGAGAAAUGGUUAUUCAGUAUCAUGGUUAUUGAUACACGUGGUACAAAAGAUAGGAAAAGCUGCACUGAGUGUAGGUGUGACCAAUUUAAUCUUCCAGAUAAUUUUUAUAACGUGACACGUGACAUCCAUGGAAAACCAUUGUCCCCUGAGUAUAAAGGUGGAGUCUUUUGUUGCCAAAAUGGAUUUCAUUGCAAAUUGGAAGAGGGGUUUCAAGCACCAAGGAGAAAGCUUGCAUUAAGAUACAAAAUAACGUGGGUGGACUGGGACCAAGAUCAUAUUCCUGUUAGAUUUUAUGUACUUGAUUCUACCGAUCGAGUCAGAACAAAUGGGUCUAAAACAACCCAUGAUUGUCUGGCAGAGUAUACUAUUCUAGGAAACAAUAAUAAUAACCCUAUUCAUGUUCAGAAAGCAAGUAUCCCUAUAGAAAAAGGUGGUUAUCUUAUAUACAGCACUGCUCAUAUGCAUUCAGGAGUUGUUAAUGCAUCACUAUACAGACAGGAUGGAAGAAUAUUGUGCACAUCAACACCAAGAUACGGUACUGGGACGAAAGCAGGAAAUGAGAAAGGUUAUGUUAUUCAAAUGUCAGUAUGUUAUCCUAAAGAAGGUUCACUCAAGAUUAAGGAUGGUGAAAUUGUGACUGUAGAAUCUAGGUAUAAAAAUGAGUUUAUCACGGGAGCUAUGGGACAUAUGUACUUCUAUUUGGCUGAUCGAUUACCAUACACAACAUAG